CUCUGCAAUUACGGAGUAGCGAGUAGCAAACUCUCUUUUUGCAGGGUUGCUCGUGCUGCUAAUGCUAGGUGCCGAUCGGAAGUGUGAGUGGUCAAGUGGAUGAAGGCUGGGGCACGCCGCGUGAAAAUUACUUAGAUGCCACUAAGUGUCAUGUAAACGCAUCCCCUUUAAAGGCCAAACCGUUUCCUCGUCAUCCUUGUUGGGAUGGUUAACAGGAUGAAUUUUUUUGCAAGCCUCCAUCAUCGCGUGUUGGUGGGCUAAGCACCUGUACCAUAUUAUCUUCAAUGGAGAAGACCCGCGUGGCUCCCGUCGCCGUGGUGGGUUCAGGAAUGGCCGGGCUUGUCACGGCAUAUCUCUUGCACAAAGAUCCACACCAACGUUAUGCCGUCAAGCUGUUCGAAUCAGGCGGUUCCCUCUCCCUCGACUCCGCUUCCGUUUCGAUCCCCAAUGCAUCGCGAACGUCGGCCGACCGCGUGGACCUCCCUAUGCGCGCCUUCGCCGGGGGGUUUUACAACAACCUAAAAGUCAUGUAUGACCAUCUAGGCGUCCAGUACCGCUCGCAGCCGUUCCUAUUCGAGUUCGCGAAGAUAGAAACCGAGACCGCUCGGCGAACGGACGGCAGACGAGAUUCCUCGUACUUCAUCCACGCUUCGAACUUCCACCAGCGCGAACAGCGCCCGAAAGCGAUUGCGACAAUUACGUAUAUGGUGGAGGUUCUAUACCUGCUAGCUUGUUAUACCUGGUUCUCGAUAUGCUGCUUCCUAGUAGCUCCGCGAGAGGGUAACGGACGACGAGCUUCUGAAAAUCUGGACGAAUACUUGAUGAGGAUACGGAUACCCCAGUACUUUGUGACGUACUACAUCCUUCCAUUGAUGUCGAGCGUCACAACGUGCCCGCAUAAGGAAUUGCUUGCUUUCCCGGCGAGCGAUUUGGUGGGGUACAAGAGGAGGACGCACGGGGCGCCGCAUUACACCGUAUCGAAUGGCGUCAAGACGGUUCAGGACAAACUAGUCCAAGGAAUUGAGUAUGAGCUAGCUGCUGUAGUGUCAUCCGUCGAGCGACAGGGAGAGGGCGUGAAGCUGUCGUGGAAGAAGGUUGGUGCCAGCGAUCGUUCGACUCGGACGGAGUAUUUCGACAGGAUCGUCCUCGCUGUCGCGCCUGACAUUGUUGGUCGCAUAUUCGAACCCCUCAAAUACCAUAUGGCUAGGAUACCGACCACCGUGGUUGAAAGCGUCGUCCACACCGACCGAGGCAUGUUGGGCAAUCAGGACCAGGUGGAGAAAUGCGACGACCACGACGCCCAACUGAUAUACCUUCGAACGUCAACGCAGGGCACGCAUCAGACCGAGUCGCUUCACGUCCAACCGUGUGGCGCCAUCGUAACCACAUGUCCCUUUAGCCCGAUUGACCCGUCUCUUACGAUCCAUUCGGCAAAGUUUACACGCGUCCUGAGGAAUCCGGAGAGUAGGCGCAUUGUAAAUAACAUAUUCGAAGAUACCCCUGGAGUUCAUGAUGAUGAGAAGGCGCUUCCCCCAUGGAGGAACGGCGAUGGUAACGUUUGGCUUGUUGGUGGCUGGUGCUGGGAUGGGAUGGUGUUACUGGAGGGUUGUGUCGUCUCAGCUAUGCGAGUAGCUGAAGCCUUCGGUGUAGAGGUCCCCUGGCGGCGAUAAUGAGAUGGGAGCAAAUAAUCGAAUACGUAAUGAUAAUGUUUCCCUGAAGAGUGCUUCAGGCUAGUAUGCAAGGCGCUGGCAUGCAGGGCGCGUGUCUGCAAGGACGGCUUGAUAUGACGUCACCACGUAGCACGGUGCAAAGGUCAGAAGGGGGCAUCAAAAUCAGAG